AUGGCCCUGCGCUCCUGGACCCCUGACUUAGGGUUUCUCGAGGAGAAGGUGGUGCGGUCUGCUUCAGUCUCCACCAGCCUCUCCCUAGAGCUAUGCACCUUCCCCACCACCCUGGGCUCCUCCGUCGCCGCCGAGGCGCUGGAGCAGCUCUUUGUUGUGGAAAAAUCUCUACAAGGUGAUUAUUUUAAAUGCAAUGAAGAAGUUAAGACCUUUCUUAAAGACAUUGCUAUAGCUGUUAAAAAAUUGGAAGAAAUGAGGAAAAACACAAUUGAGCUUCUGGAAAUUGAAAGUAUGGAGCUGAGCAGGCUCUACUUCCUGUUGGAAACUGUGCCCUUCACUGUUAACAGGGAGGUGGAAGAAUGUGUCAGAGAUGCUCGCAAAUUAAAUCUUCUUGAGAUAGAUCAAAUGCGAAAGAAGAUUGCAAAGAUGGAUAAUGAAGCAGAGUUUCUAAAGAAGAGAAUAAAUGAUCUGAAGGAAAGCAAUGAAGUCCUGGGUGAAAAGCAAGAAGAGCUGUCAAAGCAGCAUGCCAAGUUUGUCCUGUUGCUGAACCAUACCCUGGAAGAGAAAGCCACAGCUACUCUUUACAUAGAUGACACCUGUACCAAACUGAACUUUGAGAGAGAAGAAAUCAUAUUGCAAAAACAAUGUCUGCAAGAGGUGCAAGAAUUACUGGAAAAACAUAAAGAGGAAUAUUUGCUUAAAAAAGAUCUUUUGGCUUCUCAGAUGAAAGACUUUAAAGAACACUGUGAAACAAUGAGAAAAGAGACAUACAAUAAGAAGAAAGAAUUGACUAGAUUACAAAAUAAAAUAAUAAAAAUGAAGCAAACAGUUACUACCAGCACCAUGGUGCUUAAUGAUCACAAUUUAGAGAUAGCGCGACUACAAGAAGAAGCCAGAGUUUGGGAGAGAAAGGUUGAAGACAUAAGGAGAAUUUGUUCGAGUUUGGAGAAAAAACUGUGUUUUUUUGUGACUCACAAGAAAAAUGUGGAUAGUGAAGCUUCUAAUGAAAAGAUCGAGUAUUUAGAAAGGAUACAACAGAUUGGUGAAAAACUACACAAAGUCAAGAUAGAGAACAAAGAUCUCCGUGAAAGACUGCAUACUGCUCUCAGACAAUACAAGAUUGUCUUAAUGGAAGAAGAUACUGUUUAUUUGCAGAAACGGAAGGUCUUUGAUGAAAAUCAGAAACAACUGGAAUUUAUUUCUCAGAAAGAAAACUUCCUAUCACAAAGAGAAGCAGACAUCAAAAAUAUGGAGGAAGGAUACAGCGUGCUCCAGGGACUUCAUCAAGCAACAAAGGAAAUAUAUCGAAAACAAGUAAAAAUCCUGAGUGAUAAUUUGGAAAGAGAAUCUCAGAGAUGUGUUGUAACUCAGUGGAAAAUAGCUUGUGCAAGAAAGAGGCAUGCACGUUGGCUACUCCAGAUAAAGGUUACCAUAGAAAACAUUAUAUCUAAAAUUGAGCUUGCAGAAGAGAGACGAGUUGAAUUACUUAAAGAGACAAGACAAAGGGAAAUGGAGAUUAAUGACUUUGUGACCAAGAUCGAAGUACUUACAUCAGAAUUAAAAAAUGAAGAAAUGGAUUUUGUUACCAAGGAAAAAAAAUUAAUUCAAGAGUUGAGCAAGUAUGAGGAUUUAAUUAUUAGGGAAACACAAAUGAACAAAGAGAAGGAAGAGGAACUAGUUGAAAGUGUUCCACAGCUUCAGAAGGCAGAAGAAACAUAUCUGGAAAAACACAGAUGUCUGAAAGAACUCCACGGUGAACUUUCAGCACUAAAGCAAGAGGAGAGUUUAUUGAACAAUUACAUUUUUCAAUUUACGAGGGACUAUACAAGAUACCUUGACAGCACGGAUUAUGUGAAGCAAGAAUUAAAACAAUUACGAAACCAAGAAUAUAUAAAAACCAGAGGACAUUUUGAAAUUCUAAAGAACUUAGAAAAUGAAAUCUGUGUACAUGACCAAAAGGCAACCCUUUUGAUCCUGGAAAAUAAAAAAUUAAAAGAACAUCUUGCCUACCUGAAGAACCAAAUACAACUAUACAGAGAAAAAUCAGAAAGCACCGUGAAGGACUCAGGUCAUCUGUCUUGGCAACUGAUAGCUCAGCACAAAAAAUAUUCAGAUUUGCUGAGAGAGUUUCAGGUGGCAAUUAAGGAGUUGGUGAGCAGUGGCGAAAAGACCUUGCAGGAAAUCAGUGCUCUGAUAGAGAAGCUGCAGAACAGGGAUGAGAGAAUCGAGUGCAUCAGCACCUGGCUGCAGGAAGACAUCCAAAGACUGCGCUUCCUUAUCAAGGAUGAGUCAGGAACAGACCUUUGCAGACUAUGGCUUGGAAAGAAGAAAAAGAAGCAUUCCAAAAAUGUUCAUAUUCCCACAGCCACAUGUAGGAGAACCACAGUAAGGAGGAGUCCCAAGAUAACGUAAGGACACAACUGCUGUGAAUUCAAAAGGCAUAAACAAAACCACAGAAAUGUGUGCACCUAAUUUUAUAUUUUGCAACUGUUAACAGAAGACUUUAAAGUUUGAAAUUUAGUAACUUGCUCUACCCUCACCAUGUAGCAGAAUCAGUGACAAUCUUUUAAACAAUACAAAGGGAUAAACAUGACCAGGUUAUUAGGUUAAGGGUUACAAUUCUUAUUUACUUGCAUGGCUGUGACAUGAGUGUCUCAACACCUUCAGGGUAUAAACAGCUUACCUAGGCAAAACACGCCACAGGGGAAUGGUCUAUGUAGCCUGUAUUUCAUUCCAUCUAAGCUGCUAGUUGUAAGAGCCUGAUUCCAGAAUGUCACAAUGGCAACUGAUGGCUGCUGGAAGGGGCAAGACUUUUGGUAGGCUCUAAUGGAUGGAUCCACACUGA